AUGUCACAAAAUGGACUAGAUAAACAAAUUCUCUCAAUGAAAAAUUCAACUUUAACUUAUGUAACGAUAGAAUCAAUUUGGUCGAGUGAAGUCAAUAUCUCCUGGAAAUCAGUAUUCCCAGGAUCAAGCUAUGAUGAAGAACAUCAUAACAACAACACUGAAUAUUCAAGAUCAAACAACUUAAAAUACUUUGUUUCAAGUUGUUUUUUUCUUGAAUUAAGUCCAAAUGGAGCAGUACGAAUUUCAACUUCAAGUAAUGACGCUAAAACAUUUGCAGAAACAAAUGAAUUUGAAUCAUGUUCCUCCGGGUCACAACAAGGAGGUUCUCUCUACUUUGGAGAAAAAGGUGAACUUGUUCAAACAAAAAAUUCAUUCAUUAACUCAACAAAUUCAAACUUUGGAUCUUCAUUUUGCAUUAAAGUUUCAGAAAAACCAAAUUACAAAAAUCAUGCUAAUGAAACUUUAGUUUACAACUGCGGCAGUUCAGAACAAGACUGCUUGCUUACAACUUUCAUGGUUAAUGGCUUUAUAAUCAUGAAUGAAUGCAAUAUUACACAAAAUAGAGUCAAAAAACAUAAUGGAGGUUAUAGAACAACAUCAAUUACCUCUGAUUCAUACAUAACUUGUGUCAAUGUCAUUGAAAACAAUCAAACAUAUGGUGAAUUUAAUUGGCACACAUUUUCUGAAUCAUAUGAAUCAUCAAUAUUUAAAGUUACUUCAUGUAAUUAUAUAAGAAAUAAAAGUCCAAAUGUUGGUUAUCUGAUUUGUUCCUGGAAUCCAAAUAUUUUCAUGAGUUAUUGUUGUAUUCAUGAGAAUGAAAUUUCUUACAUUUUUUGGGCACAAGUUUGUACAAUCACAUUUGAAAAUUCAACAACAGAUAACACUACAUAUUUUGAUUUUGGUAAUUCGCCAAUAUUUAAGAACACAUAUAUUUCAUUUGAAAACAAAUGUCCUCUUUUGCUUCUAUCUAAAUUAUAUAAUUCUAUUUCAAGCAAUGAUGAAAUUGAAGAAGAAAAUAAUGUUUUUAUCAGAAUUAAUAUCAAAAUAUCGAAUUUCAAGUUCUUUCACUUCAGUUAUGCUAUCAUGUUAUCUUUGCAUUCCAAUUCUUAA